AUGGCUCGAGGCCGGGUCUGCCUCGUCCUAGCCGCGUCGCUGCUCGCCGGCUGCGCGAGCGCGUCGCUGCGCAUCGCGGCGUUGGUCACGGGCCACUGCGACGACGACGCGCACGUCUGCGACGAGCGCGCCUGGUCCAGCGUCGCCGCGCACGUUUUCCUGCCCAUGGCCAGCGUGGCGGCGCUCGACGUCUUCCUCUGCACGUCGGGCACGGACGCGGCCUGGCGCGCCGGCGUCGCCGCGGCGCUGGCGCACAACGCGACGCUCCGGCGCGUCGACGUCUUCGGCGCGGAACCCGUCGGCAGAGACAAGUACCAGCAGGCGCAAUUCUACCAUCGCCGCGACUGCUACGUCCGCGGGCCCGGGCCGGGCGCCGACUGGUACGCGCAGCUGCGGCCCGACUUUGUCUAUUUCGCGCCGCUGUUCCGGGGCGGCUGGCCCUUCGACGGCGACCGCGCGGUCUACGGCCGCAUCUUUACCGCCGCGACGACGUGCGGCCCCUGGGCGGCCCUCGGCGGCUGGCGGCUGACGGCGGCGCACCUGUCGACGGGCUGGUGGGACCCCUGCCGCGCGACGAUCAACGUGAACGCGCGGACGCCCUUUGGGGUCCUGCGGGUCUCCGUCGACGACCAGGUCGCCGUCGUCGCCGCGGCGCCCGCGUACUUCGUGGCCAUGGUCGACGAGGACCGCAAAGCCUGGUUCUCGAGCGACGUGCGCCACCCCGUGCACCGGCAGGUCGUGCCCCUCGACAAGUCCGUGGCCAAGGGCACGCCCGAGGGCUUCUACACGUGGGGCUUGUUCCGGGGAAAGCUCGACUGGCGGCCGCUCGCGGUCGAGGGCCGCCUGAGCCGCAUGGUCGCCGGCAGGGCCUGCCAGACCUGCAGCCUCUCCUUCCCGCCGGAGACCGACGCGGGGCUCCGGUCGCGGGCCUGCGGCUGCUCCAUGCCGCGCGCGGACGCGGCCGCGCCGCUCGCGUGCGCGCGGGACGGCUGCGCGGCCGUCGUCAACCUCACGACGGGCGAGCGCCUCGCGAAGCGGCGCCCCCGGGUCUGGAGCCGCAACGACCGGAACCGGCCGCCAUAA